AAUUAACCGCAGAGCGUUUUCUCGUUAGAAAGAAUUUAAUGUACACAAACCACAAAACAUUUUCUUUUCAUUUUGUUUUGCUUUGCAUUUUUGCAAAAUAAGCAUUUUUCUUUAAUUAAGGAAUUAACAAAAAACAAAAGAGAAAGAUUUUCUUACAGAAAAAACUCUGCACUUGGUAAAUCUCUUUUAACAAUUGAAAAAUAACUUGCUUAAACUUGGCUAUCCGAUAUGGCAUCCAUAAAUCAAAUACCAAAAGUCGAUGAGAAGAUCAUCUUCAAAUGUGAUAAACACUCGACAAUUAUCUCCGAGAAACUCCAGAGUUUCUAUCAAGAAGAUGAGUUUUUCGACACUGUGCUAGUAGCAGGAAGCGAUUGCGCCAAGCUUCAAGCUCAUAGAGUUGUCUUGUGUGCAUUGAGUGAGUACUUCUUGCAAUUUUUCCGUAGGAAUCAAACAGGUUCGAAGGAUAAUGUUGUUGAACUUAAAGAAAUCGAAGCUUCAACAUUGAAACUUGUAAUUGACUUCAUGUAUUCGGGUACGAUUGAAUUAAGUCUCAAAACUGUAGAGGAACUUUUGCGAACUGCAUCGUUUCUAAAGUUAAACACUUUAGUUGACGGUUGCUGUGAAUUAAUUGAGAAAAACAUCGAUUACAGCAACUGUUUGUAUUGGUUCCGUUUGGCUAAAGAACUUAACUUAAAGAGUCUCAAGGCCAAGUCACUCGAAUGUACUUACAUUAACUUUGAGGAUUUAUCCAAGGAGGAAGAAAUUAUGACGCUGCAUGAAAACGAAUUAAAGGAUCUCCUAUUCAAUGACAAUCCUCAUGGAGACUUCGAAGAAGAAGUCUUUUUGUCCAUGGUUAAAUGGAUAAAUCAUGACAAACUCAAUCGCGAACAUUUGUUCUUUGAGCUUUUGUCAAUGGUUCGUUAUUGGGUUCUCACUCCAAAAUUUAUCGUUGAGAAUAGACAUUCAGUUUGUAAAACUGUCGAGAGCUACGAAUUGAUUUGUAGUUGGCUUCAAUGGCAUUUGUCGCCCGAAACUCGAACAAAAGAUCAUGCUAAUAUUUGUCUAAAACCAAGAAUAAAGCCCAAUAAAGUUGCGGUUGUACGCAGUUAUUAUGAAGGUUCUAAUUGGCAAAACAGCGUAGAGUGUCUAGAUUUGAAAACUUUCAAAUGGUCAGAUUUUCCACCAAUGUCAAGGUCGCGCACAACCAUCUCCUGUCAACUGGUAGAUUUAAAAGGAUAUUUGUGCGUUUUCGGACAAUACUAUGACUAUUAUGGUUCACGUACAGUUUCCAUGGAGGUGUACAACUUUUCAACACGCACAUGGCGUGAAAUACAACCACAACAUUAUGGUCUCUACGAACAAAAUAAAAUAGUUGGACAAAAUGGAGUGUUAUACAUAUUUGACUUUGAAAACAGCAGGUUGCAAACUUAUAAUGCAGCUUCAAAUCAAUGGACCUUUAAAAGUAUUAAUCAUCGUUCACUAAUAGAUUUUGGUCUUGCUGCUGUGGGAGGUUUUGUGUACGUCUUUGGUGGUCAUCAUACUGUAAACGGGGGAUAUGUGAAAAAUGUUCAACGAUACAAUUUAUCUAACAAUUCUUGGUCUGAAAUGGCACCGCUUCCAUUCUUACAAACAACUACGGUUAUUAAAACCAAAGUUUUUGAAAAUAAAAUUAUAGUCUCCGAUUCUAUCGAUAUUGCCGAGUAUAAUAUUGAUACUAACAAAUGGAAUACUUUGAGUCCUAUAUCAAACAGUGCUUGGACGGGUACUUUUGAUAUUUUUGAU